CCAGGGUUUGUUUGGCGGUCUCGGCCUUUGGCGUCGUCGUGGCCUCUCGGCGUGUUUGCCGUCGCUAUGAGGAGAAGAUUGAUGCUGUUGCACCGAGGUCUCUCUCUCUGACGGGCGGGAAGGAAGGGAAGAAGAUGUCGGGAAACUACCGGUGGGGAGGCUCCAGCGGCGGCGGCGGCGGGGGCGGCGGAGGCGGCGGCGGCGGCAGCGGCGAGAGUCGCAUUUACGUGGGCAACUUGCCGACCGACGUGCGGAUCCGCGACAUCGAGGACAUCUUCUACAAGUACGGCAAGAUCAGGGACAUCGACCUGAAGAACAACCGCGGCAUCGCGCCCUUCGCCUUCGUGGAGUUUGAGGACCCGAGGGAUGCCCAGGAUGCGGUGUAUGGGAGGAACGGAUAUGACUAUGGAGUCUAUCGUUUGCGGGUGGAGUUCCAGAGAGGGAGAGGCGGGGGAGGAAUUGGUGGAUCCAGAGGAAGGCCAGGACCUCCUGCACGAAGAUCAGAAUUCAGAGUUAUCGUCUCCGGGCUACCUUCCUCCGGCAGCUGGCAAGAUUUGAAAGAUCACAUGCGAGAAGCUGGCGACGUUUGCUACGCAGAUGUUUUGGGAGACGGUACGGGAGUGGUGGAGUUCCUCCGCAAGGAGGACAUGGACUACGCGGUGCGGAAGCUCGACGAUACAAAAUUCCGCUCUCACGAGGGAGAAACAGCUUAUAUUCGAGUGCGUGCAGACAAACCCAGAAGUUCCAGUUACAGCCGAUCAAGAUCAAGGUCUCUUUCAAGAGGUCGUUAUUCUCCUUAUCGUAGCAGAAGCUCCCCUCGGUAUUCACCGAGAUCCCAAUAUAGAUGAGGACUUGCAUAGUCAAAACUGAUUUUCUUUUAACCCACAUUCCAUCACGGCAGUUAGUUUUCUUCGAUUCAAUAUUUCGGGAGAUGCUUUGAAAUAAACUUGUGUUUUCUUUUU